UCUCUUUCUCUCUCUCUCUCUCUCUCUCUCUCUCUCUCUCUCGUCACAUCAAUUCACAGUCUGGUCUGUUCACCUGUUCUCAAGUUCUCCUUUGCUUCUUCAGUUCUUUAGCUCUCUGCUCAAAAUCUCAAAUCUCAAAUCUGUCUUCUGGGAUUUCACUGUUUUCCCACAUUUCCUUGAUCUGUCCCACUUCUCAAAAACCUCGCUUUUUUGGUUCAUUUAGACAUCUGAAUCCCGUUUUAGAUUAACCUUUCUUGGCGUUUAUCCGCCUUUCUUGUGGGUUUGUAGAACACGCGAAUGCCCAGUAAGAGAGAAACGAGAAAGUGAAAUGCUUUGGUCGUAUCUAGGGUUUAGAUCUUCUUGAAAUACUUCCCUAGUAUUGGGUUGAAUCUUUCCUCUUUUUGUGCUCGUAAAAUCUGUAGCACAUUUGGGUUUUCUUCUUCGUGGCUACAGUUCGUUUUUUACACGCUUAGAAUUCUGAGUUUCGGUAUUUCGCCGCUAGCCCGUCUGGAUUUCCUCCGAAAUGGAUGAACCCAUGACUGAAAAAUGAGGCCUUUGGCGUCCGAAGAAGUUGAUAGAGAAGACAAAAUGGAUGUUGUUAAGAGGAAAAGGUCCAAAGGAGGGUUUUUCAAUCUGUUUGAUUGGCCUGGAAAAUCCAGGAAGAAGCUAUUCUCCAACAGUUCUGAAAUCUCUGAAGAGUCAAGGCAAGGAAGAGAGAAGAAUGUCCAAAACUCAUCAAAAUCCCAGCUUUCUGCUUUUGAGGUUGAUGAGACCGGAAGGAGUUCAAUUUACAAUCCGAGAAGCGAUUCAAGCUGUUGUGCAUCGUCCGUUACAAGUGACGAUGGGCAAGUGGCGAGAGCUCCCAGUGUGGUCGCAAGGCUCAUGGGUCUAGAAUCUUUACCGGUACCGAACGCAUCAGAUCCCCGCUUUAAUCAAGAUCUUGAUCCAUUCUUCCUCAGAUGCAAGAAUCCAGGUUGCGUAAUUCUCUGUGGUGACGAUGGUACUGUUCCUUGGGAGGACCAUUCGGCUUCAAGAAUGAUCAAAGGGAAUAACCGGCCAAUUCAGCGGUUUCAAACCGAAACUCUGCCCCCGAGAUCUGCUAAACCCAUCUCUGUCACUCACAAUAGGCUACUGUCUCCUAUACGAAACCCUGGGUUUGUUCCGUCAAAGAAUCCAGCUUAUGUAAUGGAAGCAGCUUCGAGAAUGAUCGAACCAAGUCCUCGGGUGGUUACAAGAACACGGUUUUCAUCCAUCGGUUCUUCUUCAUCGGUGCCAUUGAGGAUUCAGGAUCUGAAAGAGAAACUAGAAGCUGCACAAAAAGCACCAACCCGUCAGUUCUCUAACGAUAUCCAUGACAGAGGAAAACAUAACGAGAAGAGGAGUAUGGUUUCACAUACGAAACCAGGAACGAGUAAAAUCUCGGGAAAAGGUGUUUCUGAUGGUUUGAAGGGUAAAGUGAAACCAUCAUCUCAAUCUGCACAAGCGAAAGCUGGUAUUCAAAGGCAAGAUGACUCGAAACCAUCAAAUGGCAUUAAAAGAACUUCUUCAAUAGCCAAAAAGGCUAGUGCAGAAGCGAUGAAUCGCAUUGUCAAAAGCCAGAACGGUGGCAGAGGAUCUUCACUGAAUACAGGCAAGACAGUGCUUAAGCAGAAUAACCAGAAACAGAAUUGCAGGGAUAGGCAUCAAGCUGCAAGAGUUACUGUUCCAAACCAGCAAUCCAAGAAAGUGAUGAACAAAGUCGUAAGCAAAGUUCUUGUGGAAUCUGAAAUCGGGUCCUCGCCAAAAAAAUCGGGUUCUCCACCAUCGCUUGCGGGGAAGGAAAUUUCUUUACCGGUAUCUCAAAAGAAGAAUCUUAGGAAACAAAAACCGCCAGAUGGAGUGCAGGAGGUGAGAAUAGCCAAUGAUGUGCAGAUUAGAAGGGCUGAAAAAUCAGUGAAACGCAACAUCGCCAUUCAGAAGGACUUGAUAUCGGGUAAAGAUGAGCAGAAAAAGGACAUGGAUGUAAUCUCAUUUACGUUCUCAUCGCCAAUCAAGGGUAUAUCAUCUACUCGAGGAACUGAACGAGACACUGAUUCUGUGGUUAGUUUCAAUGUGAUCGGAGGUGAUUCUUUGAAUGAUCUUCUAGAGCAAAAACUCAGGGAACUGACGUCUAAGAUCGAGUCAUCCAGCUGUAGUUUGAUCCGAGAAGAGUCUUUGGUUUCGGUUGCAAAGGACGGGAUCAAUGUGGUGAUCUCCUCACCAUCAAAAAGUGAGGUAUCAACUCAAAAUGGCACGGACAAAGGUCUGUCUGAGAGUGAAUCUCUGGAUGAAAGCCGGACAUUCCAGGUGAUGCGAUCAAAAGAGCACGAGAUUAGCAGCAUCAACACUGUGUCAGAUGCGGAUGAUCCCGGUCUCUCUUGCAGCAGGAGUUGCUCAGAUUGCAGAGAUCACACAGCUUAUGGCAUGAAACAGUCAUCAUCAGAUGUAGAACUCACUUGGGUUGGAGCUCAUCGAGAAGAAGAGGUGACGGAAUUCGCGGAAUCUGUUGCAACUCUCACCAAAUUUUUGGAAGCGGAAGAACGUCUUCUGAACUGGGAAACUGACUACAUAACCGAAAUCCUAAGCACUGACCAAUUGAUGCUGAAAGAAUUCGCCCUCGGGAUGGCUGAAGAUGUAUUACCUUUGAGCAUUUUCCAUGAAACAGACAUCCAUGGAGAUGAUCCAACGACCAAGAUUGAUCGGAAUUUUGGCUGCGUCACACCAGUUCUUAACAAUACGGGGAGCUGCAGAGGGUUCGUAGGGAAACAUGGGAUAUUGUUCGAACGGAGAGAUUGGCUGGCCGAGGAACUUAACAGGGAGAUUCAAGGGUUGAAGAAAAUGCGGGAGAAGAUGGUGGAUGAGCUCGUAGAUAACGAUAUGAGCAAGUCGGAAGGAAGAUGGCUUGAUUACGAGAAAGAAGCAUACGAAGAAGGCAUCGAGGUUGAGAGAGAGAUAGUGUCUGCAUUGGUUGAUGACUUGGUCGAUGAUCUUCUCUCGGUGUUCUAGAAGCUUCUGUUCGGUUCUCUUGAUGCAUUGGAAGAAAGCGACGAGAUUGAUUGAAAGAAUGUUUCGAGAAAGAGAUGAGAUGAAGCAUUCUUUCGCAGAAAUGAAUCGUCUGUGUAUUUUUAUUCGUGUAUGCCUCCUUUGUUUCGAAUGAAAUGAAUGCAAAUAUUGAUGCAUAGUCUUCUUCUUCCA